AUGACAUUAACUAACGUAUUGACAUACGAAGUCCUAUGGCGUUCAUACUUCUGGCUGAACGCUAUGAACCAAUGCGGGGCUCUAUUGCUGCUGUUGGCGGAGUGCCAGACGGAGGCGCACACUCUGUUGGCCGGUGUGCCCAGUGAUAGACAGAACCGACCCAAAGCUUAUCUGUUGUUAACCGGAAGAAUACUAACGGUUCUCAUAUUCGUCACAAUUAUUUAUUAUGACGUCAAUAACGUGUAUAUUAUCAUACUAGACAUGAUAAUCGUGGUACUCGUGGCGGCCAUCACUAUCGGCUAUAAGACCAAACUGUCGGCCCUUUUGCUGGUCGUGUUGCUCACGGGCAUACACUCAAGCAAACCAAAGUUUGAUCGUUUGGUAAAAAACUUUUUCCAGAUCCUGUCCGUCAUCGGCGGCCUCUUAAUGAUUGUAGUCUUAGGACCGGGAGAUCUGUCAGUGGAUUACCACAAGGAGGACUGGUAG